CGUUCCAGCAUGGCGGGUUUCCUGUCAAGGUGUAUUGAAAAAAUCAAGUCAUGGAUUCACUGGUCCUGGACGUACCUGUUAGCUGUUUGGGUUGUUUUGGUUGUGUUUGUUGUUUACAUCCUCCGAGGCCCCUUGAAAUUAAGUGAAAAUUUUUCCUAUGCAACAAUGUUUCUGAAUACAUUGACCCCGAAGUUUUAUGUGGCUCUGACUGGAACAUCAUCUCUUAUAUCUGGGCUUAUACUGAUAUUUGAAUGGUGGUACUUCAAGAAGUAUGGAACCUCCUUUAUAGAGCAGGUGUCACUUAAUCACAUAUCCCCCCUCCUAGGUGGAAAUGAUAACCCCAGCCCAGAGAACAACAAUAGUUCCACCCUGUCUCCCACCACUAAUUCUACUCACCAGCAGUCAAUGCCAGAAUGCAAGGUUUGGAGAAAUCCCCUUAACUUAUUCAGAGGGUCAGAGUACCAGAGGUAUACCUGGGCCAAAGGUAAAGAACCCCUGACCUACUAUGACAUGAACCUCUCAGCACAGGAUCAUCAGACAUUUUUUACCUGUGAGGCAGAUGCUGGGAAGCCAGAGUAUGAAGUAAUGCAGAGAGCCUGGAGAGAGAGGAAUCCAGCCUCAAGAAUUAAAGCCGCUAAAGAUGCUCUGGAGAAGAACCCAGAUUGUCCAACAGCCAUGAUUUUAUUAGCAGAAGAAGAUACAAGUUCCAUUGUAGAUGCAGAAAAGAUGUUUAAACAAGCUUAUAAAGCAGCAGAAGUGAACUAUAAGAAAUCUAUACAGACCCAGCAUCAGAGUUCUACAAAUGAGGCUGUUCAUCGAAGAGAUGUAAAUGUUUUAGUCUAUGUAAAAAGAAGACUAGCUAUGUGUGCUAGGAAACUAGGUCGGACGAGAGAAGCAGUUAAAAUGAUGAGAGAGCUCAUGAAGGAAUUUCCUAUGCUCAACUUAUUCAAUAUACAUGAGAAUCUCAUUGAUGCAUUAUUAGAAUUACAAGCAUAUGCUGAUGUUCAAGCAGUUUUAGCCAAAUAUGACGAUAUAAGUUUACCAAAAUCAGCAGCAAUAUGUUACACAGCAGCAUUACUAAAGGCCAGAGCAGUGGCGGAUAAGUAUAUUUCUUGUUCCAGAUUCUCACCGGACAUAGCCUCCAAGCGAGGCUUAAGUACGGCAGAAAUGACAGCAGUAGAGGCCAUACACAGAGCGGUAGAGUUCAAUCCACAUGUCCCAAAAUAUUUACUAGAGAUGAAGAGUCUCAUAUUACCUCCAGAACAUAUCUUAAAGAGGGGAGAUAGUGAAGCAAUAGCCUACGCCUUCUGUCAUUUACAACAUUGGAAGCGAGUAGAGGGGGCACUUAAUCUCCUACACUGUACAUGGGAAGGAACUUUCAGAAUGAUCCCCUACCCUCUGGAGAAGGGGCACCUGUUUUACCCCUACCCCACCUGUACAGAGAAUGCAGACAGAGAGCUCCUCCCUACAUUUCACGAUGUCUCAGUGUACCCUAAGAAGGAGUUACCGUUCUUUAUUUUGUUCACAGCUGGUCUCUGUUCUUUUACUGCUUUAUUGGCUCUGUUAACUCACCAGUACCCCGAGCCUAUGGGGGUUAUUGCUAAAACGGUCCUUACUUGGUUGUACAUGCCCAUCAGUUACGUCCUGGAAAAAUUGGAAGCCAUCUUGCCCUCCAACCUCCUACAUCAGCUAUCCCGCAUCUAAUCACCAUGACAACACACCAGAAAGCAGCCAUCUUUAAUUAAUUCUUGUGCUUCAGCUGCUGGAGUGUUUAUAUAUUUUUCUGGCAUUUGUGAAAAAAGAAAACUAAAAAAUACACAAGAGUAUAGGAUUGUUAAAUAGGGUAUAUUGUUAACAUGGUGCAAUUUUUGUUCUUUAUUUAAAUUUUUCUUCAAUUUUUUUCAUAAAACUCCUUGCAAUUGGAUUUCUGUUGAAGGAGAGAUUUUAAAGCGAUCAUGUGUUAAAUUCUUGAUGAACAAUUUGUUAUGAGAUUUUUUUUUACUGGGUAUUAUCAUGGCAGUGUGCUAAGGAAACACAAGAUUUGUUGAUUAUUCCCAAUGUGUGUUGCUUAAACAUAUCAAAAUUUCUUUCUUGCUUUUUAUAGUGUAAAUUAACAUUGCAAAAUUUUAUAGUCUGAAUCUUUUUUUCCCAGAAACAAGCUUACGAAAAGGCUUAUUUUGUUUUAUCUUGCAACUAAAUUAGGUCAAGCAAUGAUAAAUAAUUUUAAAAAAAAAAGAAUAUAUCAUUAAACAGAUUUUAAAUCUGAAAAUUCUAAUACAGAGAAAGAAGAAAAAGAAUAUGUCAGUAAGUGAAACAUUGUUUAUAUUAUUUUAAGAUUUCAUCAAACAUGGAGGUAUCAAAUUUGAAAAAAUGAUCUCCCAAAUGCUCUAUAGAAGGAACUUUCAGAGGUUUUUUUUUUAGGCAGCUUAAGACCUAGUCAAUUUAUUUACAUGUUCCUGCUUUGGCAGACAUUUACAAACUGGAGAUUUAUCAUUAAAUUAACAGUGACCUGUCAUGUUUACAUCUAUAUAAACUAAGAAAAGUGAAUGGAUAUAUUUUCUUAUUUGAAGGGUAUGACUCUUUUCAUAAGUAUUAAAAAUAAGGGUAGAAAAUGUUUUGGGGUAGACUGUUAGAAAUGAUGCAUACUACAUUAUGUGAAAGUGUGAGUAAAAAUUGAAACUACUCUUAGAAUUUGCUUCUUGUUCUCUGCUAUUUCUGUAAGGAAUAGUUUAGUUUAAAAUAUUGGUAACUGGUUUUAGUUUUUAUAAGAACACAUCAGUUUUGCUAGUAAAAUUAAGACUUGUCCCAGCGAAAGCAUGAAUAGAAGAGAAGCCAGAUAGUCAGUCAUAAAACAGGGAGACCAUGAAUUUCAUAUAAAUUGAUUUACCUAUGAACAUUUUUGAAAUUCUUUACAUCCAUUUAUUAAUGAGAUUCUUGGUUUUUUUGAGCAAUUUCAUUUCAUGUUGAAUCAAAAAGCAAACUUGUUUAUUUUACUGCAAAAACAUUUAAAUAUUGUCAUUCUUGAGGCUUCCGAUUCAUUGAUCUGUAUGAUUUCCUUUUUUCUCUCCAGUUGAUAGGUUUAUAUAAGGAGAUUAGUGUCACAUGCAGCCUUAAGCCAAGUAAAACUUCUCUUCUUUUUUUGGUCACAUUGGUGUAAAUCUGUUCACCUUCUCUGAAUACAAAACACAUUCACUGAUGAUAUUUUUUACACCUCAAAAUCUGCAUUGUAAUUGUUUACAGAAAAACAAUUCUUUAAACCUGUGUUGCAACAUGUUAUUGAAGAUGUAGACUUAUUUUUAGAUGGUGUACAUUAGGGGAUUUUACUUGUUCAGUGAUAUUUUAGUUGUUGCUGUAUUUAUUUUUGAUGUUAGCUAAGUGCAACAUAUUCUUUGUGAACAUAUAUUUAAUUUACCAGCUACUAAAUGGCAUGGAUUGCCAUUUUUUGCAUAAGGGUAAUAAUUCAACAAAGUAAUGUGAAGUUGUAGAGGAAAUUCGGGCAUUGUAAUGUAAUACUAGAGUAUUAUUUGACCCUGGGUCCUGCAGAAUGGACCAGACAGGGUAAUAAACAAACAAAGCAGUGA